CUCAAUAACAGUUUAGUUUCGCUUGGUGAACAGUAAACAUGGCGUAUCGUGGUGUUAAGGGCUCUGAUCCAUUUGUGUCAAAAACAUCGAGAAAUGAAAGAUUCGCGCAAAUGUCGAAACAAGAACAAAUUAUUCAGCAAAAGAAACUUGAGAUUCAAGCAAAACUCGAAGAACAAAAGGCAAGGCAAGCGAUAGAAAAUGCCAAAAAGUCAACAUCGUCUGCUUCGCUCGCUACUACGAGCAAAACUAACACCUCAAAUAAGAAGGAGGAUGAGAAGCCAACAAUGACUGCGACGACAGUUAAUUUAUUUGCCAACGAUGGCAGCUUUUUGGAUCAAUUUAAGAAAAUUGUCAACAAUAAAGGGCCAAUUAAACAAGAGACAACAACAUCAACAACAACAACAUCACCACAAAUAAUAAUAAAGACUGAACCUGAGAAAAAGGACGAGCGUAAUAAAGAUGAAAAGGAUGAAAAGUCUUAUGACAAUAAUUCACGUGACAGAGAACGUCGAUGGAGUAAUGAAAAAAGUCGCGAUUGGGAAAAUCGUAGGGAUCGUCGAAGAAAUGAUUCACGAUGGAGUGGAAGAAAUACCGAUCGACGACAAAGUUCUUCCUUAAGUCCCUCACCAACAAGACACAGAACAUCACCAAAUUCCGAUACAAGACACAAUUAUCAUCAUCAAACUAGUCCCCGUUCACAUUACAAUCAAUUUCAAUCACAAAAUACAAAUUCAACUUCCAACAUUCCUCCACUCAUGUCCCAACCAAUAAUGCAAAUGACAAAUAUACCACCACCAAAUUUAAGAAAUAUACCACCACAAAAUAUUCCACCUCCAAAUAUUCAACAACGAAUGCCAAUGCAACAAAAACCAAAUCAAAAUAAUUUUUCAAAUAUUGAAAAUCAUCCCAGCGAUUCCCGAAUGUCUCUUCCACCGCCAAGUCAUAUUAUUCGCACACAACAUCAAAUGCAAAAUUUACCACCACCACCCAAUACAAAUAUACCACCACCACAAACACCGCAAAGAAUUCAAAUGCAAUCAAAUAUUCCUGUGCCUAAUAUUCAAGGGAUGCCUUCAUCAAAUACAAAUCAACAUAUUAUUUCCCCACCACCACCACCACCGCCUCCACCUUCUCAUAUUCCACCACCAAAUAAUCUUCAUCAACCGCCAAACAUUCCACCGCCAAAUGUUCGUCCACCACCAAAUUUAUUACCAUCAAUGUCACAAAUGCCACCCAAUAUGCUGCCAAUAAAUCAAACGCAAACAAUUGUUGUCACUGUUGCCAAUGUCACCAAUAUUCCACCACCAAAUGUUAUGAUAAUGUCAGCACCACCACCAUCUGUUGUUCAUACUGUUCCAUCGACUAUUAAUUCAAUUCCACCUCCAAAUUUAAAUAUACCACCGCCAAAUGUACCGCCGCCUGCUAUUAUUCAAAAUGCACCGCCACCUUCGCAUUUAUUACAAACUUCCUAUCCAUUGGCGAAUCAGGUUAAUAUUGCUGUUGGACCACCGCCUAAUGUUCAAAUACCACCACCUGUGAGGCCUUCCUUAUCUGGACAACCAACGGAAUUAGUUUGUCCCGUAGAAGCAGAGCAACUUGCAAAAAUAGUGGCUGAUUGCGGUGAUGAAAUUGAACAAGAAGUUCGAGAGAAGAAUGCUCAAGAUCCUAAAUUAUGGUUUCUGCACCAAAAGCAAAGUGCAGCGUAUCUGCAGUACAGAGGAUUAGUGGCAAAAUAUCGAGCUGAAAAAGAGUCCAAAUAUUGCGGCGGUGGUGAUCUUUAUUGUCCAGAGGAAGCUCUCAGUGAUAAUGAUGAUGCUGAAAAAUCUCAUAAUAAAAAUUCUUCACUUCAAGAUCGUUACAAAGAGGAAAGUAAAGAAGAACGCAAAAGAAAAAGACGCAGUCGAUGGGGUGAUGCUGAGAAUAAAAUUCCAUUAACAAUGUCAGGACAAGUUGCACAGCCUGGUGUUUCAGUAACGGGUCAAAUUGGUCAAAAUUCUGGACUAAUGCCGUCUGUAAAUUUAAUGCAAGCCAAAGGAAAAAAUCCAAUGUUAUCAAAAGUAUCGAGAAGUGAUCCAUCUUUGGUUCAAUAUGCGAGACAAACUUUUGGUUCAUUAGAUCUCAGCGAGGAACAAUGGAAAAAAGCUGAAGAUCAUUUUAAGAUUAAUCUUUUGUAUCAAAAUCUAUUAAAGAAACGUGAGGAAGUAAAACGAUUGGAAGCUCAAGGAAAACAUAAAUAUGAAUAUGACAGCGAUGAAGAAACAGAGGGUGGAACGUGGGAGCAUAAAAUCCGUUCAGCGGAAAUGGAAGCCACACAAAUGUGGGCUGAGGAAUUAACAGCUCAGUCAGAGGGAAAACAUCAUAUUGGUGAUUUUUUACCACCUGAGGAAUUAAGAAAAUUUAUGGAACAAUAUAAUGCGGUUAAACAGGGAAAAGAGCCCGAUCUCAGUGAUUAUAAAGAGUACAAGUUAAAAGAAGAUAAUAUAGGUUUUCAAAUGUUACAAAAACUUGGGUGGAGUGAAGGUCAAGGAUUGGGAAGUGAAGGCAGUGGUCGUGUUGAUCCUGUAAAUAAAGCGACAAAUAGAUUAAAUAGUGCCGGAUUGGGAACAGAUAGACCUGAUGGAUUAUCUAGAGAUGAUGAUGAAUUUGAUGCUUAUCGAAAACGAAUGAUGUUGGCGUAUAGAUUUAGGCCCAAUCCACUUAACAAUCCUAGAAGACCAUAUUAUUGAAAAAUACGUGACGAGAGCAUAAUCAGAACUCAUAAUCACAUAAUUUUCUAUUUAUGUGAAAGAAAAAAAAAACAAUCGUUAUUUUGUAUAUGUACAGUGAAUAUAGUGUAAUAUAUUCACAUUGUUGACCUAAGGAGAGAUAAAUCGUUGAAUAUAUUCAACUUGUA